AAAAAAGGAUAUAAUUAUGUAUAUUUUUAUUUAAAAGUCGCUUUUUGAUUCUUUUAAUAAUGUGUUCCACUGUACUCUAUAUUUUUUUAUCAUCAUUUUUUAUUUAUACACAAGCUGAGUUCAAAUUAGACCCGGGAAAUACAAAAGUAUGGGGUCCAGGUUUAAUACCACAUAAAAUUAUUAUGCCAGCACGAUAUUUUUUUAUACAUGCGGUAGAUGACCAAGGAAACAGAUUUACAGAAUCUCCAGGAGACGUGUUUGACAUAACAUGGACUGGUCAUUCGCCAAUUGGUCAACACUGUCGCAUCUGGUUAAAUAAACUCGAUCGUAACGAUGGCUCAUUUAUUAUCCGUUAUAAAUUGUAUCAUACCUGUUACGACGUACAAAUCAUGAUCCAGUACAGAGGACAGCAUGUGGGUAAAUCUCCCUACGUUAUUCCAACUGUGGUUUACCCGGAGGAAUGUAAUUGCCCUCAAAAAAAUUUUAGCCUAUGGUUUACUCAAUUUGAAUGCAAACCUAGCUAUAAACAAAUGCAAAAUGAUUUGAAAUUAUUUCCCAAAAUUGAUUUUAAUGAAAUUCGGCCAAAAGUCCUGCAAAAGUUGAAUAAUCCAUCUGGGAUGAGUUUUUGUAAUUAUGUAAUAAAAGAUAAUAAAAUUUAUCGGAAAUGUUAUGGGCAACACGUUGGAUUCAAAGUAUUUAUGGAUGACAUCUUAUUAUCAUUAACUCGUAAAGUUUGGCUAGCAGAUAAUGAAUUUUUUAUAAAUUUGGGUGAUUGGCCACUAAUAAAUAAAGGAAUGAAUUUAUCUUUGCCGAUGUUUUCAUGGUGUGGUAGUGAACAUACUUUGGAUAUUGUACUUCCAACAUAUGAUAUUACUGAAGCCACCUUAGAAAAUAUGGGACGUGUUAUGUUAGAUAUGUUAUCGAUACAAAAACAUGCUGGAUUAGUUCAUUGGAAAGAUAAAAUUCCGAAAGUUUUUUGGCGUGGCAGAGAUUCGCGACGUGAACGAUUACAGUUAAUUGAUAUUUCACGUAAAUAUCCUGAUUUAUUUAAUGUGUCGUUAACAAAUUUUUUCUUUUAUCCAAAUGAAGAGAAAAUAUAUGGUCCAAAGAGUAAACAUGUUUCAUUUUUUGAUUACUUUCAGUAUAAAUACCAGUUAAAUAUCGAUGGAACAGUAGCAGCGUAUCGAUUUCCAUAUUUAUUAGCUGGCAAUUCUUUAGUAUUUAAACAAGAUUCCACCUAUUAUGAGUUCUUUUAUAAAGAUUUACAACCAAUGGUACAUUAUGUUCCUAUUUACCGUAAUUUAAGUAACUUAGUCGAACAAAUUGAAUGGGCAUUACAAAAUGAUGAUUUAGCAUUGCAAAUAUCACUAAAUGGGCAAUCAUAUGCACGAGAUAAUUUGUUACCACAUGAUAUAUUCUGUUACCAUGCACUUCUGUUUCAUGAAUGGAGUACACGGAUUACUUCUAAAGUUGAGAUCUUGGAUGAAAUGGAAUUGGUUCCACAAACUGAGCAAGAUAAAGUUUAUUGUGAAUGCGAAUUUAACAAAUUUAAUGAUGAACUUUAAAUAUUUUUGUAUGUUUUAUAAUAUUUUUUUUAUUUUUGCACUCAUCUCGUAAAGAAUGUAUGAGCUUGCGGUCACUAUUUUCUGCAUUAUAUUAAUAAACAAGUGAAAACAAACAAUUGACU